AUUUCCUCUUAUCUCCCUCACACCCCAUCACUUUCUCCCCACCCUUUUUCUCUUCUCACUUGUUUAUAUAUCACACACACUCUCACAUUCAUUACCAUCUACUUAUAUUUAUUUCUCAGUCCAUUAAAUUCUCUAGUUUUGGUGACAUGGCGGCAACUUCUCCCGAGCAUUCAUGGGGUACUAAGAGGAAGAGGGUGAUCAAAGAGCUUGUUCAAGGCCGUGACAUUGCUACUCAGCUCCAGGAUUUGUUGUUGCUCGGUAAUAACUGCAGUUCAGAUCAUGGGGUUCAAGAACUUGCGAUGAAGAUAUGCACUUCUUUCAGUCAGAGUCUGUCGGUGCUUAAUUCUUGUGCUCAGAUCCAUGGGAGUGAUUUUGGGUCUGCUUCUUCGGGGCUUCUGGCUUCGCAGGAUUCCGGGGAGAGUGUUAAUAGAUCAACCAGUAAGAGCCGGAGAGGGUGUUAUAAGAGAAGGAAGACUUUAGAUUCCAGGAGGAGUGUUUCUUCCAAAUUGGAGGAUGGCUAUUCAUGGAGGAAAUAUGGACAAAAAGGAAUACUCAACUCCAAAUAUCCUAGGUGCUACUUCAGAUGCACAUACAAGCAUGAACAGGGUUGCCAAGCUCUUAAACAAGUUCAACAACUCGAAGAUGACAAACGAAUGUACAACAUUACAUACUUUGGUCAACAUACAUGCAAAAAAUCUACAGAUAUCAUGAAAGCUGCACAAACAACACCAGAGCCCAACUCUCUGUUAAACACUUGUAGUUUAUACGAUAUGGAACCGAAAUUGUCACAGAAUGAAAACAAGGAAGAGCCGAGUGAUGAUCAGCUGUUUACUGAUCCUUUACUGGAUUCAGAUAUAUCAUGGCAAGACAACGUUAAGGGUUUGAGAUUGUCUGACAAGCCGCCUAUGUUUCUAUUUUCAGAACUAGGAACAGAUAAUCUUGAAAAUCGUGUGGAUACCAGUGCUGGAUAUCUUUGUGGGUCACCAAAUUCUUAUGGACUAGAUGCUGGUAUGGAUAUGAGUUUGAUUAGGUCUCUUCAAUUUGAUAACUGGGAUUUCCAUUGUGAUCAAAUCUUGAGCUCUGAGCUUCAAGCAGGCUCAUAGAAUAUUAAAAGGGAUUUGGAUUAUCAAUUAGUGUAGCAUUACUGGUGUAUGUACUGAUACUAUCACUUACUUCAGUAGAUAGAAGAGGUUAUCAAUAUGAGAAUCUUAGCUGUUUUCAUGCAGUCUUUCUUGUUCC